CACCGGUCACCCUGCGUCCCGACGGGCUCUAGGACCCAGAGGAGCCCGGCUCUCAGGGCAGGGCGGGCGCGCCAGAAGGGGCGUGGCCCGGGAGGGGGCGUGGCCGCGCACUAUGGCCAGGGGCUGAGGGGGCUGCGGCUCGCCAGAGCGGCCCAGGCGGUGGUCAUGGCCCUGGCGAGGCGGCUGGUGCUGUUCGACGUGGGCGGGGUGCUCUUCACCCCCAGCCCGCUGGGCUUCUUCGGCCGCUACGAGGCGUCGCUGGCCCUGCCCAGGAACUUUUUGCAAAAUGUCAUUGUUGAAGGAGGCCCCAGUGGUCCCUGUGCCAGAGCAAUGAGAGGAGAGAUCACCGUAUCUCAGCUGGUUUCUGAGCUGGAAGAGGAUUGCAAGAAGUUUGCUGCCUCCUCAGGGGUUUUGCUUCCGGAGAAGUUCUCCAUAGCACAGGUCUUUGAGGAUAUUAUGACACAAGGAAAGCUCAGUACUGCUAUUCUGCAAGCUGCUGUAACUCUCAGGAACAAUGGGUUCAGGACGUGUGUGCUCACAAAUAACUGGAUCGAUGACAGCCCUCACAGACACCUCACCGCUCUCACGCUCUCUCUGCUGAAGAGACAUUUUGAUUUGGUGAUCGAGUCUUGCCGCAUCGGUCUGAAGAAGCCGGACCCUCGAAUUUACGAGUACGCACUGGGCGUGCUGAGGGCGAAACCGCAGGAGGUUAUUUUUCUGGAUGACAUUGGAGCUAACUUAAAGCCAGCCCGGGAAAUGGGAAUAGCCACCAUCCUUGUCAAGGACACUGAUGCUGCCCUGAAGGAACUGCAGGACCUGUGUGGAAUUCAGCUUCUUGGCCAUGAAGAGACUCUGCCAGUUGCGUGUGACCCAGUGAACCUGACCCAUGGUUACGUGCCAAUCAAGCCUGGAGUCCAGCUACAUUUUGUCGAGAUGGGGAACGGCCCAGUGGUGUGCCUCUGCCAUGGCUUUCCUGAAUCCUGGUUCUCCUGGAGGUACCAGAUCCCUGCUUUGGCUGAGGCUGGCUUCCGGGUCCUGGCUUUGGAUAUGAAAGGCUACGGAGAUUCCACUGCUCCCCCAGACAUAGAAGAAUAUUCCCAGGAAGAAAUAUGCAAGGAUCUUGUGGUUUUCCUGGACAAACUGGGCAUUUCCCAGGCAGUGUUCAUCGGCCAUGACUGGGGCGGAGCUGCAGUGUGGAACAUGGCCCUCUUUUACCCAGAGCGCGUGAGGGCGGUGGCUGGGCUGAACACGCCAUACAAACCCGCGAACCCCAAAGUGAGUGUCAUGGAGAUGAUCAAAGCCCAUCCUGUGUUUGACUAUCAGCUUUAUUUCCAGGAGCCGGGUGUUGCUGAGCUCGAGCUGGAGAAGGACCUGAGCAGGACGUUUAGGAUCAUAAUCCGAUCCGUCAGAAAGGAGGACCAACUGCCUGUUCCACUCAACUUCACCAAUGUCCGGGAGCGAGGAGGGCUUCUGGCUGGCAUGCCAGAAGACCCACCUCCAAGCCAGAUCCUACAGGGAGCGGAUCUCCAGUACUUCAUCCAGCAGUUUAAAAAGUCUGGCUUCAGGGGACCACUGAACUGGUACCGGAACAUGCAAGCCAAUUGGCAGUGGAGCCUCUCUGCAAAAGACAGGAAGAUCCAGGUUCCAGCUUUGAUGGUUACUGCUGGGAAGGACUUUGUUCUCCAUCCUAAGCUGAGUAAAGGCAUGGAGGAGUGGAUUCCCCAGCUGACCCGGGGCCACAUUGAAGAGUGCGGACACUGGAUUCAGAUGGAAAGGGCAGCUGAUCUGAAUAAGAUCCUCAUCAAGUGGCUAGAGGAUGUUCACGACAAUUCUUUGCUGCAGAAGAUUUCGAAACUCUGAAUUUGCCCUUGGAAGAUUUCAACCUCCAGCUUCCUGCUUCAUUUGAGUAUCUUACUGCUUGUGCAUCGGUGUGGGCCCUGCCAGUUUCGUACUGGGGGCAGCUGCACUCCCUAUAAGCUAGGUUUUGCCUCUGGGUUUUGGUUUUCAAGCUAGCCAGCGGAAAAGGUGGGGAAGCCUGGGCUCAGCGAGCCACAUCAAGCCGGAUAAUGGCCUUUCUUUGCGCUUGCGUCUGAAUGCAAGCAUCUCAGCGAGGGAUUUUAGCAUCAGGCUCUGAUUUGAGGCAGUUCUCCUGCAUGUGUUGUGAUGCAAGACACUGACCUUUCCCAGCAAAUGAGGAGGCCAAAUCGAAGUCUGAAAGCCGCAGGGAGCAGUAAAUAGAGUGUCGUUAUAUACUUAGCAAAUAACGUAAACUGCAGAAAAAUAGAGGGGCCAGGCGGGGCGGGGGAGGAAAUUCCCUGGCUAGGAAGUGACUGAACAUUUCAAGCUAGGAAAUAGAGUUUAGAGGGGACGGGUGACUUCCCAAGUGCCUCCUGCAUCUACAGCUAAUUCAGUUACUAAUGAUUCUGAACCACUCAUCUGAAACCCUGUAAAUGUUUUGUAGGGUUAAGCUUCCACCUCUGGCAUUCAAACUCACCGCUCUGGGUUUGGUUUGGCUCGGCCCCCAAACCAGAAAGGCCUGUUUUCUAGUUCAGACAUGGCCAAUGCCUUUGCGAUAAGAGAUGAGUGGAGGAGUUUUUGUCCCAUGAAAUCUCCUGAAAGCAGCUAGCGCCCCUUGAUGUCCACUGUUCAGAUUGGAGACCAGUGAUGUCAGUUCUGACCUGGCCGCGUGCCCAAACCUUGGACCCUGGCCAGCUGCUAGUCAAGCCCUAAGUGCUGCCUUGCUUGGGCACCAGUGUUUAUUUUCCUUGUGAUUGAGGCUUUUGUUGUCAAUUUAAGCUGUACAUUUGAGGGUUUCAUACGGGGUUGGCUGGAUACUAAUCGCUCUUUUAUGCUGCUUUGAAAACUCACUUCUGCUUUUAUUAUUUCAAGCGUCUUUUGUAAACCAGCAACUGAAAUAAAUCACAGAAUUGAUUUCAUGGCA